GCCAGAGUGAUCUCUUUUUUACAUUAGCACUCCGCUGGUCCAGGUGGCAGCAUGUUAGUACUUUUAGCGAUGUCCCCAUCUUUAAACCAGAAGCCAUGGAGGAGAUAAGGUAGCCCCCCCUUGAUCGGAUGGGGAAGCCCAGUUCAAUGGAUGCAAAAUACAAGGAUGACUUAUUUCGAAAGUACGUGCAGUUCCAUGAGGGCAAAGUGGACACCACCCCCAGCAAGCAGCGGCCUGGCAGCGAUGAAUACCUGCGGGUGGCAGCCUCGACCCUGCUCAGCCUGCACAAGGUGGAUCCCUUUUAUCGAUUCCGGCUGAUCCAGUUCUAUGAGGUGGUGGAGAGCUCUCUGCGCUCGCUGAGCUCCUCCAGCCUGCGGGCUCUGCACUGCGCCUUCAGCACGCUGGAAACCGUGGGCAUCAACCUCUUCCUCUACCCGUGGAAGAAGGAAUUCCGAAGCAUCAAGACCUACACUGGCCCUUUCGUUUAUUACGUCAAGUCUACGUUACUGGAAGAGGACAUCCGAGCCAUCCUGAAUUACAUGGGCUACGUGCCUGAGUUGGGAACUGCGUACAAGCUCAAAGAGCUCGUGGAGACUGUCCAGGUGAAGAUGGUCUCCUUUGAGCUGUUUCUGGCCAAAGUCGAGUGUGAGCAGAUGCUAGAAAUCCACUCACAAGUGAAGGACAAGGGGUACUCUGAGCUGGACGUCGUGAGCGAGCGCAGGAGCAGCACAGAGGACGUUCGCGGCUGCUCAGAUGCACUGCGACGGCGGGCCGAGGGCAGGGAGCACCUGGCGACUUCAAUGGCCCGUGUCGCACUCCAAAAGUCGGCCAGCGAGCGGGCGGCAAAGGACUACUACAAGCCCCGUGUGACCAAGCCCUCAAGGUCGGUGGAUGCCUACGACAGCUACUGGGAGAGCAGGAAGCCUCCCCUGAAGGCCUCACUAAGCCUUCGGAAGGAGCCCAUGGCAGCAGACUUGGGGGACGACCUCAAGGACGAGAUCAUCCGCCCGUCCCCCUCACUCCUGACCAUGUCCAGCUCCCCCCAUGGCACCUCGGAUGACCUUCCACCUGCCUCCCCCAACAACGGCCUCGGCCUGCUGCGCAGCACGUACUUCUCCACUCAGGAUGACGUGGAUCUGUACACAGACUCGGAACCCAGGGCUGCCUACCGUAGGCAGGAUGCUCCGCGGCCAGAUGUGUGGCUGCUCAGAAACGAUGCCCACUCCCUCUACCACAAGCGCUCGCCCCCUGCCAAAGAGUCCGCCCUAUCCAAGUGCCAAAACUGCGGCCUGUCCUGCAGCUCCUCCCUCUGCCAGCGCUGUGACAGCUUGCUCACGUGUCCUCCGGCCUCCAAGCCCAGCGUCUUCCCCAGCAAGGCCUCUGCCCAUGACAGCCUGGCCCACGGGGUGUCUCUGCGAGAGAAGUACUCAGGCCAGAGUCAGGGCCUCGACCGGCUGCCACACCUCCACCCAAAACCCAAGCCCUCCGCCACAGCCACCUCCCGCUGUGGCUUCUGCAACCGCCCAGGCGCCACCAACACCUGCACCCAGUGUUCAAAAAUUUCCUGCGACACCUGCCUCAGCGCCUACCACUACGACCCCUGCUGCAAAAAGAGUGAGCUACACAAGUUCAUGCCAAACAACCAGCUGAACUACAAGUCCACCCAGUUCUCCCAUUUCGUGUACAGAUAGACUUGACCUUGCGCCUCCCUGCUACAAGGGCUACACCACUGACCUGGUUUCAUGGUGAAGCAGUAUUAACGUGUUGAUCUCAGAAGCGGAGGCCUGCUCUUGACCAUGCAGGUGGUGGGGAUCGUGGGCUAGCUGCAUCCACGUGGGAGUUCACUUAGCGACUCAGAUAUUUCAACUGAUGGCUGCUUUGUCGUCUGACAAGGGAGAGGGUAGCACUUCCGUUCAGGUUCGUUUUUGCUGAUCACUCCCCGUUCGGUUGGGUUUUCUCUCCUUUAAAGAGGAUUGUUAUCUCUGGGACUCUCGCUGCGCCUGCUCCUCCCACCGCGAGGCCAGCUUGGACUGGGAAGGGCCCUUCAGGUGGAACGCCUGUCUGGAGUGGCGAGCUGGAGGCCUGUUGGCUUGUGAAAUGAGCCCUCCUGCCACACUGGGCCUCUCCCAAUGGUUUAUCCUUUGGUCGCCCCCUUCCCAGCUGGACUCCCCGCACCCUGACUUUCCUGCCUCUCCAGGUGUCAAAGGUGAACCGAGUCCAGUGUUAGCUGACUGUCAUCUUGUUACCACCACAGCACAGUCGGCCAGUGGUGUUUGUGAACGUGGCUCCAACACAUUGCAGUGUGGACUUCCCACAGCGGGACUGACUUUCCCUUUCUGUUGUUUGCACAUGCCCCUCUUACUGUACUGUAAAUAGAUAUUUUUAAGAUUUAUUUUUAAAUAAAUAUUCAACUUGC